CUUCCCUGUUGCUGAACGAAGUGUCAUUUCGGCUUGUUCCGGGUUAAUUGUACGCUCUUUGGCAGCCUACCUUUUUCCCUCCGGUUCUUUUUUUUUUUUGCUAUUUAACAAUGGCUAUUUUAUUAGAGAAUCAGUUCUCUGAGCUACCCAAUACUAAUGAAAUCUCUACAAAGUCGUUUCUGGAGUCGGUUUCCCAUCUUCCGUCUUUCUUCGACUCUCUCGGUUUCAAAGUAUUUGCUCCCAUCAAAGCCGAUAUAAAUGGCAACAUCACAAAAAUCCAAGCCGUCUAUGACUCUGAUCCAGUGAAGUACGAGACGCUUCAGAAGAUGCUGGAAGCUGAGAAGACCAUGUACGGGUCUGAGUGGCCAAAAGCAGGGGCCACGUUAGCACUCAUGUGGCUUAAGAGAGGCCUGCGCUUCAUUCAGAUCCUGCUGCAGAGUUUGGCAGAUGGUGAGCGAGAUGAGAACAAUCCCAACCACAUCCGUGUCAAUAUCAAUAAAGCCUACGAACAGGCGCUGAAGAAAUACCAUGGCUGGAUAGUGCAGAAGAUUUUUAAGGCUGCGCUUCUGGCUGCACCAUACAGGUCAGACUUCCUGAAGGGUCUGUCUAAAGGUCAGGUGGUGACAGAGGAAGACUGCCUGGCGGACAUUCGACAGUUUUUGGUGAACUUUAGUGCCACCGUGGACGCCAUUUAUGAGAUGUACACAGUGAUGAACGCUGAGCUGGACUACAUGGUGUGAAGGCUUGUGUUAUUGGCGGCUUUCUCAGGUCAGACAGCAUUCCACUGGACGUGAUCAGCACUCAGAAUCAAAGCAGCUCUCAUUUUAUUAUUGUAUUUUUUUUUUUUCCCCUCAGUAGUUUUUUCUUUGUUUUAUCAUGGAUUAUGCUAAAAAAAGAAAAAAGUGCAUUUAUAGAGUGCAUCUGAGCUUAGAGAUGUUGAACUAACUGUGAUUUUUUUUUUUAAGACUCCUGUAAGAGCACCGUGUGUUACAGUUGUGACAAGAAUCAAGAGGAAGUCCCAAACACUAGAGUCAUUGCACGAUUUUACUUCUCUAAUAUGACUGAGAGCGUGUGAGAUACAUGAGAGAUACACAGAAUACAUGAAACAGCUGUGUGAUCUGUUUAUUUUCGAAAUUUAACUUGUCAUAUACUAGCAUUUGGGACAGACAGAUGAUCCAAACUUACUGAUGUGUUUCUAUGUAUCUGAAUAAUUUGAGCCAGGUGUCGCGUAUCGCAAUACAACCCGAAUUGCGAAGAGUUGGGAUGCCGUGUAAAAUAGAAAUAAAAACAGAAUGCAAUAAUCGGGAAAUCUCAUAAAAUCUCAUACAUUUAGCAAAUCCCUUAUUUUUUAUUUACAACAGAGCAUAGAAAACAUAUCAAAUGUUCAAACUGAGGAAAAAGAUCAUUUUGAAUUUGAUGUUCGUAACACAUCUCCAAAAAGUUGGUACAGCGCCACGUUUCUCACUGUGUACCUUCAGCUCCUACCUUUACUGUUUUGAAUGCAGUACCCCAAAGCCCUCUCUGUGAGACCCCAAUGAUCACAGACAUACCAUUUUUUUUACUAUUGUUCCUUGCGACAAGAAAUUUCUCCCUAUUCUCUUAAUUUUUUGCUUAUUGAGCUUUUCAAAGUCUUCACAAUUUUAUAUUGAAACCUAUUCUGAAAUUGUUCCACAAGUUAAAAAGCGGAUUUUUACAGAUUGUUCAUCCCCUGCCCAUAUUUAAUUCUGAGAGACUCGACCUCUCUAAGAUACACUAUAAAUAUAUAUACCCAAUCAUGUUACUGACAUGCUGCCAAUUAGUUGCAAAAUCUUUUUUGUGGGUUUGGGCCAUCAAAUUCAAAAUGACCUUACUUUUUUUUUCUAAAAUGGCACUUCCUCAGUUUAAACAUUUGAUAUGUUUUCCAUUUUGGUCUUUUUUGUUCUGUGGGUCUAUGAGAUUUGCACAUCGUUGCAUUCCGUUUUAAUUGAGAUAUUUUCCCGUGUCACAACCUUUUUGGAAUUGUGGUUGAUAUAACAAUAAAUGAUAUAGUAGUCGUAUCAAUAUUAACAAGAAGAAGAAAAAGAAGCAGAACUAUUAAUAUAGCACAUCUUAUACAAAUUAAAUACAGGUAAGCUUAGAAAAAUUAAUUUUUAGAAGAAUAAUUUAAGAACGUGACUGAACCAAAUAAGGAUUUCUGAUGGCAGAUAAAUUAUGACAAAAAAAUCUCAUUUCAAUGUGUGUCUUCAGCUGCUUUGUAGACUUUCGAACACACUUCUUUUUGUGCUUGUUAUUUGGGUUGUUUUGUCUUUGCAUUGACCUUCUACACUGAUUGUUGCGGUUUCGGUAAACAUCCUGUUUUACAACCAACAAAAGAGUUGUAACACUUAUUUUGUAUUACACUGGGCAUUGUCGUAAGCACACUGCUAAAAAAAAAUACAAGGAUAACAAGAAAAAAUUGGUCCUGGUUUUGUGAUCAGGUGUUUAUUAGUUUCCCAGUUUUGCACUGUACCUAGUGAGAAAACCAUUUGAGCUUUGUCCUCGUUUCUUUUUCUUUUUUCUUUUUUUUUUAAAUAAACAAGUGCCUCUCAACAAUCAAUAAUUUUUAAUGUCGGUAAUAAUAUUCAUUGAUAUGCAAAGAUGUUGGUGACUGAUUUUUAAUGUAUAAAACAAUUUGCAGUUUUGCUAAAUAAUAGAUUGUACUGUUCACACCCAGACUUACUCGUUAGCUGAUUAUAAUAUUAUGCAUAUUCAUUAUCAUACAUACUGACAGAAUAGGGGUUUGCUGAACAAAUCCUAUGAUUAAGUUGCUGGUGUAUGUAUUCACACUCUCAGGGUGUACAGAUUAUUAAGGUGCGUGCUGUCCUGUUUAGGAUUUGAUCAAAGGAAGAAAUUGUAGGAAUUACUGUAUGGAAGUCAGUAAUGGAGAUUUAUGUAUGAAAAUGAAACCUAUUCUCUAUUACUGUUACGUCUGUGAGGUUUGCAUAAUGCUUGAUUUGCACGAUUUUAUGUGAAACCAGGAAAACUAAUGCAGGAAGAAAGUGCUAUGGCUUUUGUUACAAAACCUCACUCUGAAGUGUAUUUAUAAUGUAAUUGUGUGUGUGUGUGUGUGUGUGUGUGUGUGUGUGUGUGUGUGUGUGUGUGUGUGUGUGUGUGUGUGUUUGAGAGAGAGAGAGAGAGAGAGAGUUUCUGAUUCUGACUGAGAUACAAUGUAAGAAUUAUUCUGGAUAAUUGUUAUAUUGGUACACUGACCUAUACAUUAAAACUUGAUCUGAAAUAAA